GGAGCAGCCGUCGAGCUGGGACGGCGCCCGGAGGCCGGAGGCCCACGGCAGGCCGGGGUAAAGACGCAGCCGCAGGCCCAGACUGAGACCCCGCCAUGACCUGGAGCGUCUCGGCGCGGGGUGCGCACCAGCCGGACAACACGGCCUUUACGCAGCAGCGCCUCCCAGCUUGGCAACCGCUGCUGUCUGCCGGCAUCACGCUGCCGCUCUUCUUCUGCGCCGGCCUGGCUUUCAUCGGCCUGGGCCUGGGCCUCUUCUACUCCUCCAACGGCAUCAAGGAGCUGGAGUACGACUACACCGGCAGCCCCGGUGCCACCGGCCACUGCUCGGAGUGCGCCGCCAAGGGCCAGGGCCGCGCGCCGCCGCCCAACUGCUCGUGCACCUGGAACUUCACGCUGCCCGAGCUCUUCCCCGGCCCGGUGUACCUCUACUACGAGCUGUCCAACUUCUACCAGAACAACCGGCGCUAUGGCGUGUCCCGCGACGACGCGCAGCUCAGCGGCCUGGCCAGCGCGCUGCGCCACCCUGCCAACGAGUGCGCCCCCUACCAGUUCAGCGCCGCCGGCCUGCCCAUCGCGCCCUGCGGCGCCAUCGCCAACAGCCUCUUCAACGACUCCUUCUCACUGUGGUACCAGCGCCGGCCCGGGGGCCCCUACGUCGAGGUGCCUCUGGACCGCACCGCCAUCGCCUGGUGGACCGACUACCACGUCAAGUUCCGCAACCCGCCGCUGGUGAACGGCAGCCUGGCGCUGGCCUUCCGCGGGACCGCACCGCCGCCCAACUGGCACCGGCCGGUUUACGAGCUCAGUCCCGAUCCCAACAACACAGGCUUCAUCAACCAGGACUUCGUGGUGUGGAUGCGCACCGCGGCGCUGCCCACGUUCCGCAAGCUGUACGCGCGCAUCCGCCAGGGCAACUACUCGGCCGGCCUGCCCCGGGGCAGUUAUCGUGUCAACAUCACCUACAACUACCCGGUACGCGCCUUCGGCGGCCACAAGCUCAUCAUCCUUAGCAACAUCUCAUGGAUGGGUGGCAAGAAUCCUUUCCUGGGCAUCGCGUACCUGGUCGUCGGCUCCCUCUGCAUCCUCGUGGGUUUUGUCAUGCUGGUCGUCUACAUUCGCUACCAGGAUCAGGACGACGACGACAACGAUGACGAAUGAUGACGAUGCUUACCAAGGAUCCAUUCCUACUUCUUGGCCAAGCUGCUUUUAGCUCCUACCACAAUUUCAGACUAACUGAUCUGUUGUGGACAAAGGGCCUGGAGAAG